AUGACUUCAGACCCAAUUCUGCCCAAGAAGGGCGAGCGCAAUAUCCUUGUGACUAGCGCUUUACCCUAUGUCAACAAUGUCCCCCAUUUGGGUAACGUCGUCGGCUCUGUGUUGAGUGCCGAUUGCUUUGCGAGAUACCACAAGACCUGCGGACGCUCUACACUAUACAUCUGCGGUACCGACGAGUACGGGACAGCGACGGAAACAAAGGCGUUGGAGGAAAAGGUGACCCCGCAGGAGCUUUGCGCCAAGUACAACAAGAUCCAUCAAGAAGUCUACGAAUGGUUUGGUAUCGGAUUCGACCACUUCGGACGUACCCCUACCGAAAAGCACACCGAAAUUUCCCAGGCCAUCUUCAAGCGCCUUUACGACAACGGUUUCCUGGGCGAGCGCACCGCUGAGCAGCCAUUCUGCGAGCAGCACGGUUCCUUCUUGGCCGAUCGUUACGUCGAGGGCGAGUGCCCUCGCUGCCACUACGACGAUGCACGCGGUGAUCAGUGCGACAAGUGUGGUCACCUUCUCGAUCCUUUCGACCUUAUCAAGCCCCGCUGCAAGCUCGACGGUGCCACCCCCGUGCGCCGCGAGACGAAACACAUUCACCUUCUUCUCGACAAGCUCCAGCCCGAGGUUGAGAAGUGGUCUGCCGAGUCUAUCUCAAAGGGAGACUGGCCCAAGAACUCUCGCGUUAUUACCGAGUCUUGGUUGAAGGAGGGUCUGAAGGAUCGUGGUAUCACCCGUGAUCUGAAGUGGGGUGUUCCCGUUCCUCUGGACGGAUAUGAUAACAAGGUGCUGUACGUCUGGUUCGAGGCCUGUAUCGGAUACCCAUCCAUUACGGCCAACUACACGGAUGAUUGGGAGCUCUGGUGGCGCAAUCCUGAAGAUGUCCAGCUCUACCAAUUCCUCGGCAAGGACAAUGUGCCUUUCCACAGUGUUAUCUUCCCCGCCACCCAGAUCGGUACCCGGGAUACAUGGACUAUGAACCACCACCUGAGCGCCACCGAGUAUCUCAACUACGAGGGCGGCAAGUUCAGCAAGUCCCGCGGUGUCGGUGUCUUCGGUACCAAUGCUAAGGAUACCGGCGUCCCCGCUGAUGUCUGGCGCUACUACCUGCUCAAGAACCGACCCGAGACUGGCGAUACCCAGUUUGAGUGGCGCUCUUUUGUCGACAGCAACAACAGCGAGUUGUUGGCUAAGCUGGGUAACCUUGUUAACCGGGUUAUCAAGCUUGUGACUGCAUCCUACGGCGGCGUUAUUCCCGAAUUCACCGUCCCGGAGGACUUCAACCCGUUCUUGGAGGAGGUCACUACUCUCACUCGUCAGUAUAUCGACGAGAUGGAGAGCGUCCACCUCCGCGCUGGUGUCGCCACUGCUAUGAAGAUUGCCGAGGCCGGUAACGGUCUCAUCCAAGCUAACCGCUUGGAUAACUCGUUGAUUGCCAACGAGCCCGAGCGCGCUGCUGCCGUCGUUGGUUCCGUGCUUAACUUGAUCCACCUGCUCUCUGCUGUCUUCGCCCCAUACAUGCCCACGACUGCGAAGUCUAUCCUGGAGCAGCUCGAGGCUCCUUUCCUGCAGAUCCCCUCCCUGGAUGAUCUCAAGGACGGCUGGAAGCCCACCAGCCUGAAGGGCGGCCACAAGAUUGGCAAGGCGAAGUAUCUCUUCUCUCGCAUCGACCCUAAGAAGGCGGACGAGUGGCGCGAUUCAUUCGGUGGGUCUCAGGCCGACCGCGCGAAGAAGGAAGAGGAGGCUGCCAAGGCUGCUGCGAAGAAGGCCGCUGCCAAGGCUAAGAAGAAGGAGAAGAAGGAGAAGAAGGGCGUCGAGGCUACCGCUAAGGGUGGUGCGGAGAGUCCUAGCGUUGACGCUGACGCUGUUGAGAAGGUUACCGAUGGCGUUGCCCAGGUUACCCUUCCUACUUCUUGA